CAGCAUCGAGACCUGAAGCUCGCGUCGACAUUGCCAUCUAAGGAAGCAGGAGGCUGUCCUGCGACCUCACUUUCCCUUCGUUUUCCAUUGAUCCCCUGUCUGCUGUGCUAUUGUUCUCGCCUCUUGGGCGUGAACUACUAAUCUGAUCAUGGCAUUGAAGUCUGAGAAGCAGGUCAAUGUCUCGCCAGACGAUUCGACCAACAACAGCCUUCACGCCGACGACUUGAUCAAUACUUCGGGCCACGUGCAAGAACUUGACCGCACGUGGAAUUUUUGGUCCAUUGCUGGUGAAGCUAUCAUCUCCGACAACGCCUGGGGCGCUGGAUCAGGCUCCUUGGUCCUGGCUCUGUAUAAUGGUGGAGGACCGGGAGUGCUCUACGGGCUGAUGGCGGCGACCUUCUUCUACGCCUUCAUUUGCGCCGGGCUGUCGGAAUUAUCCAGUGCCAUGCCGACGUCUGCCAACGUGUACCACUGGGCUUCUGUCACACCAGGACCCAAGUACGGCAGAAUUUGUUCGUGGUUUGCCGGCUGGUGGAAUUGUGUCGCUUGGAUUUUCGGCUGCUCCUCCACCUCGCUCGCUGCUGCCAACGCUGUCAUCGCCAUGUACAAUCUCUAUCACCCUGAGUAUGUCCUACAGCGAUGGCAUGUCUUCAUCGCAUUCUUGUUCAUCAUUUGGACCGACAAUGCCAUCAUCAUGUUCGGCCAAAAGUAUCUCGCGAGAUGCGCUACAGCGAGCGGUAUCAUUUGCGUCUUGUUCUUCCUGGUGUCCCUGUUGACAGUAGCCAUUAUGCCAAGUAGGACUGGGGCGGGAUACGCAACGAACGCAUUCGUCUGGACCGAGUUCCAAAAUUUGACGGGAUGGAGCAGCAAUGGCCUUGUUUUCCUCAUGGGCGUCCUCAAUGGAGCGUACGCUGUCGGCACCCCGGAUGCAGUCUGUCAUUUGUGCGAGGAGUGUCCCCAGCCAAAGAAGAACAUCCCAAGGGGCGUCUUCACCCAGCUCACCACAGCUUUCGUCAUGGCAUUUGCAUUUUACACAUCACUCCUCUACGCCACCACCUCGCUCGACGAUGUCUUUGGAUCGACCAUUGUAUCACUACCGCUCGCCGAGAUCUAUCGUCAAGCAACGCGAAGCACGGCAGGAACCAUGGCUCUUCUUUUCAUCUUCUUCAUCAACAUCCUCCUCACUGUUCCGGGUGCCUGGAUGGUCGCUGGCCGCAUGCUGUGGACUCUCGGUCGAGACAACGCUUCACCCUUUCCCAGCUUCGUUGGCAAAGUGUCCCCUCGAUAUCGAAAUCCGUUCAACGCCCAACUCCUCGUCACCAUCGGCGGCACCAUUCUUGGAGCAAUCCACGUCGCCUCAUCGACCGCCUUCAACGCCUUUGUGGCUUCUUUCACCAUUUUCACCACCAUGUCGUAUCUCGCCGCCAUCCUCCCUCAUCUUCUCACUGGUCGCAAACAUGUCAAGCCUGGACCAUUCUGGAUUCCUGGCAUCUGGGCAUAUAUCAUCAUGGGCGUCGCAUGCGCUUAUAUCCUGGUCUUCAACAUUAUCUACAUGUUCCCGUACACAUAUCCCGUAGCAAGUCUGGAUCUCAUGAACUGGACGAGCGUCAUGUUCGCGGGCAUCACGUUCUUGCUGACUGUAGGAUACUUUUGGAAGAGUCGAACAGGAUAUGUCGGGCCAAGGGUGGUCAUGGAUGCAAGUGAUGAUAUCAUGAAAGGUGUGAUCGGACUAGACCAGCAGAUUCAGAGGGACCUUGCGAGGCACUCUUAA